CGGAAAAAAAAGCCCUAAUGAGAACAUCCUCUGAAUACGGGUGCAGCCCAUUUAUGUGUGUCAAUUAGAAAAUUGAUUUUAAAUAUUUAUUUAAUUUAUUACAAAAAGAGUUAACCGCUGAGAGAUGUUAAAAAUAUAUAUUUGGCAUGUACAAUUGAGUUACCAUUCAAUACAAUCCCGAAUGUAUGAUACGCGUAUGAUUCUUAUGUAUAAUACAUCGGUAUGAUAUACUUUUCAACCCUGACUUCUGUCAAUCAGACCACACCCUUUUUGCUUGUCGCCAUUAACAUAUUGGAUUUUGUCGCUCGCGGGACAAAGUUUUGACAUUUAUGUGUGUUAUUAUUCUAAUGUGUUUGAUUGUUAAUAAAAUAAUUUAAAUAUAUUAAAGUGUUUCACAUCUAUCUUUAUUACAUGUUAAAAAGUUUUCUAUUUAAUUUUGAUGAGUGCUAUUUUUUUUUUGUAAAUUAUUCCUCGUUUGACGUUUACCUAACCUAUUUUUUUUUGUCCCUUUUGCCUUUUUCCUUUCUUUAUAGUAUAUUUCAGGAUUUUACUUCUUUCGAGAAAGUAUUAUUGGCCUUGUCAAGAGAUUUUUCUCUUUCUAGAAGAAUUAAUUUCCUUGACAAGAGUAUUUUUCCUUCUUUCAAGAAAGUAUUAAUUGGCCUUGUCAAGAGUUUUUCCUCUUUCCAGAAGAAUUCAUUUCCUUGACAAGAGUAAUUUUUCUUCUUUCGAGAAAGUAUUAUUGGCCUUGUCAAGAGUUUUUUUUUUCUCUUUCUAGAAGAAUUCAUUUCCUUGACAAGAGUUUAUUUCGAAACGUCUUAGUUUUAUAAAAUUAUAUAUAUUAAAAAGUUUAAGUCGUGAUUCUUUUUAUAUACAUAUAACUUUUUUAACUAAAAAAAAAAUGUCUGAAGUUGAUCAACUCGAAUUCGAUCGUAGAAUCAUUUUAGGUUCUGAUUCAUUGCUAAGAGAUGAAGAAAUUGACUUUUUCGCCUAUUUAUUGCAUGAAAAAUUAAAUUAUGAGUUUAUACGCUGUUGGACGCUCCAACAUGCUGAUCUCGCAGUCCAAAUACCGGCUAAUAGUAAACAUAUUCAAAUUUUACAUACAGCAGCUGAAGAUAUUUCUCAUCCGAAUGCAUAUAAAAUGAUUGGUGGUCAUUGGAUAUGCAGUUAUUAUGAUGGCGAUUUAAUUCAUAUUUAUGAUUCCGUAAACAAUUCAAAUCUAGAUAAUCAAAUUAUAAAAAAGUUGCGGAUGUUAUAUGGCAAUGCAUUUGAUGAAGAAACUGUAGAAUUUCACAGAGUACAGAAACAACCUAACAGUUAUGAUUGUGGAGUAUUUGCUAUUGCAAAUGCAGUAACUCUUGCAUUAGGCGGAAACCCCGAAAUGACUACAUAUAGGCCAUAUAAAGUUCAAGACAUGCGUGCCCAUUUAUUAUCAAUGUUUGAACUUCGCGAUAUCUUAUCUUUUCCUCGAUCAAAUAUUCAUAGUUCAACUAAUAAUAGGCUGAGAGAUGACGAGAAUACUUUUGAGAAAAAAAAUAUCAAAGUACCUACUUUUCUGCCAAAUAUCCAAACUUCUAAAAGAAAAUGCCCAACUAAUGGUGACGUUUUGUUAAAUACUAAAGGAUAUGAUUGUGGCCAAAAGCGCAUUUGUAAACGAAAGGUUAUACAGAUUCCAAGUAUUUCAGAAGAAUCUAAAAACAGAAUUGGAGGGAAUCAAAGAUUAAACGGAGACGACAUACUGUUCUUUGGAAAGUUGCUAUCUGGUUGUUCUGAUUAUGUACCGCAAGAUACUUUAUAUAUCCAAAACUUAGAUAAAAUUCAAGCCAUUCCAAAAACUAAAAAACAUAUACAAAUCCUCCAUAGCAGAGGCGCUUCUGGCCCAAUGACUGAUCACUGGGUUUGCAGUUAUUACGAUGGUAAAAAUAUUCAUAUUUAUGAUUCAUUAAACAUUCAUAUACUCCAUAAUGAUUAUCAAAUGUAUUUACAACGUUUAUUUCCAUUUUAUUCAGUUGAACAAAACAAUGUGCGGUUUCCAAGAGUUCAUCAACAACAAAAUGCUGAUGAUUGUGGUGUGCUGGCUAUUGCAUUUGGAGUUUCUUUAUUAUUUCGUCAUAAACCUGAAACUAUUGAAUACGAGUAUGACAAUUUAAGAAAGCAUUUGCUCAAUAUGUUUGAAACCCAGAUAAUAACUCCUUUUCCGAUGAUUAAGCAUAGCGAUCCACCACUUCCACUACCACUGGAAGAGAUAGUAAAAAAAGAACAUAAAGCAUAUUUGGAACGAACACGCUUAGACAACAAUGCUCAAACAGCGACCAUUCAAAGUAAAAAAAAAACGUAUCGAAACAGCCUCAAAUCUUGAAAAGUGAGCUACCAAAAGACGAUAAUACAUAUGUUCCGUUUAAAUCUUCAAUAGAAAUAUAUAUUCAAAAUCUUACAUAUGAAAUUCUGGUUGAGUCUAUCGACAAUCUUACAAACGAAACAGAAGCCAGGCUCAGAGCUGAAAAAAUGGUCAAGUGGUGUAUGCAAGCAAGGAAAAAUUAUUAUUCUGUCCAAUUUAAAACUCUUCAAAGAAUGAUAAAAAUGGCAGAUUCACGUUUAAAAAAUAUGAUUG